GACCGCGGACUCGGGUUGGGAAACACUGCUAUAGCUAUACUAUAACGAUAUGUGUGGGUGUUUGUCUACUAAACAAAACAAAACUCAAAGCCUUCCGAGAAUCGAAGUCCGGGGGGAUUCACCGAGUGAUCACCCGCGUGUUUCAAAGAAUAAUGAAUCCAAUACUUUUUAUUGCUGCCGUUCACAAAAGAAAUCGAUAAGCCUGAAAGGUUGUUAGUUGCGUGAUGACAACGAAUUAAAUUUUCUUGAGUUUACAGAUACGCGACUUAAGUUACAUUCGACUGUCGAAGUGAACACAAUCUUUUUUGUGGCUGGUAUAAUACAUAUUUGAGUGGUUUAUGACAAUAACAUCACUUAAAUAGGUUAUUCCUAAAAAACGUACGUUUGUUAGGCAUAGCAGAAAGUUUUUGAGGGCAUGGCUUCUUCAAACACGGGCCAUGCUGUUCCGAUAAUGCAAUGCAAAGGCAAUGGUGCAAUUGAACUCGACCACGUCGCUUUGACUCACAUAUUCCGUCAUCCAGAUGUACAAGACAAGCCGGUUUGUAUUGUUUCCAUAGCUGGAGCAUUUCGAAAGGGGAAGUCAUUCAUGCUGAAUUUCUUUCUACGUUAUUUAAGAAACCAAGGGUAUAAAAAUCCCAAUUGGCUAGGAUCUGUAACUGAGCCUCUUCAAGAUGGUUUUGAAUGGAAGGGCGGAAUGAAUGCCUGCACAAACGGUAUUCUGAUCUGGAACCAAAUUUUCACCGUGAAGAAAAAUGGAGAAAAUGUUGCAGUUAUGUUGAUGGAUACGCAGGGCCUUUUUGACAAUAAAACUGACAACAAAACAAACACAUUGAUAUUUGCUCUCAGCACGUUGAUAAGUUCAGUCCAAAUAUUCAACUUGAGUCAACAAAUCCAAGAAAGUGACUUGGGGUUCCUCCAGUUCUUCACCGCUUAUGCUCAAGCAGCAAGACAGGCUAAGGGUGCUCAGAAUAUCAAGCCAUUUCAGACAUUGAUUUUCCUUGUGAGGGACUGGCAAUGGGCGGAGCAACUGGAAUACGGAAUGAGUGGUGGAAAGAGAUAUCUUCAAAAAAUUCUAUCCAGUGAUUCGUCAACUAGUAAAGAACUUAGGGCCGUCAGGCAACAUUUGAAUUCAAGUUUUGAUGAUACAAGAUGUUGUCUUAUGCCUUAUCCAGGAAGUACUGUCGCGGGAACGAUGGCUUUUACUGGGAAAAUGAAAGACAUUGACAGAGCAUUUGUACAACAAGCAGUUGCACUCACUGAAAAUAUAUUCAAGCCUGAAAAUCUCGUUGUCAAGAAGAUUAAUGGAAAUGUUGUAACUUCACUUGCAAUUCUUAAAUACGUGUUAGAUUGUGGCAAUAGUUUAACAGACGGAAAACUACCCAAUCCCAAAACUAUGAUGGAGAACGUUGCAGAAGCUCAAAACUUACAGGCUCAGAGGCGUUGUGGUGAGAACUAUACACGUAUUAUGAGAGAGGUUCUUGGAGACAAGUUUGUCGAGGAACAAUUUUUUGCGGAAAUGCACGAACAGGCUAAGAGCAGUGCCAUGCGUGAAUUUGAGGAAUAUACAAAAUUUGGAAGUGAACAAAGUCGACAAAAGUACCGGGAUUAUUUGAUACAUACUAUCGACAGAGAAUACGACAUUUUGAAACAACUUAACAAAAGCAACAAGAUUGAAUCGGAAUCAUCAGUGUUAACUUUGAUUCAAAACUUGACAGAUACGUAUGAAGAUAAUAUGAGACAGGCGAUCGAUGGAAGCAAGGAUUUGACUGAAGAAGAAUUGGAGAAUAUGAAUAUAGUAUUCGCCACCGAAGCGUACGACCUUUUUGCCGAAUCAAACGUUAAUCAAGAGCAGAAAAGCCGAUACUUCGACAAACUACAAAGUAGAAUCGAAAGAGUGCACGAUAUCAUCAAGAAAGAUAACGAUGAAAAGUUGAAAAUUGCUGAAGAACAGAAUGAAGUGGAACGCCAUUUUCUGAAGAUGCAGCUUGAAUAUUCGAUGCAAUACAGAGAUGAAUUGCGAAAGAUGGUGGAUGAAUAUGCUUCUGGAGACGACUUACAGAAAAUUGGUGCCGCGCGACGAAGAGAUUUGGUUGACUUGCUCAAGAUAAAGGUUUUGGAGCAUGGAUUAUCAGAAGACUCAUUGAUAUGGAAUAAACAUGUUAAAGGCCUUGAAGAUAAACUUGAGGAUGAAUAUAAUCAAAUACAAAGGAUACACUUUGAAAAGACGGCAAAUCUGGAAAAACAACUGGAAGCAUUGCAGAAUCAAGCUUAUUGUGCAUACGAAGAAUAUUUUUCACAGCUUCUCAAAGACACUUACAUGGAAAAUGAUAAUUUAUUUGCAAAACAUACGGAAGUUGUAAAUAAUCUAUUAAUCAGCAUGAAAACAGCUGUUGGCAAUUCUUCUAUUGCUACCAGAUACAUUAUGGAAACUGAGAAGGGUCUGAAUGACAAGUAUUCUGUUACACAAGAAUGGAACGAAAAAAAUAAUUCUUUUUUUCGGAAAUGCUUUAAAUUUGUGAAAGACUAUGUUAUUCCAGCUGCAUCUGUUGUUAUACCAACUUUAGUUAGUGCCUUCCUGAAGCUCCGUACUAAGUAUUGAACGUGAUUCGCAUAACAUAAUUAACAAUGUGACAAUUUAUGUUACACUCUUUCAAAAGUGUCUUGCUAUUGAUGCUGUAGAAUGUAGAUAACGGUUUUCUUUUACAUGUUUAUAUUAUAUCAAUUCAGUACGAUUACAAUACGAUUUUUCGUAAUUACUAAAACAUUCAUUUUUCAAUUGGUCAAUUUUUUCCAUAAAAAUUGAUUUAUUGAUGAUGUAAAUAAAAAUUUUCUUUUGCGUGUUUAAAACAAUUUAGCAAGUUUUUGCAAUUAUUAACGUACCCAUUUUUUGUUUGGUCAACUUUUAAAAAUCCUUGUCUGAUCAAGAAAUUUUAUAAUCAGUUGGUACUUUUGUGAAUAAAGUUUACUGUUUACACUCGUUGUUAUUGUAAUUACCGAAUUCAAAUCUAUAUCUACGUCACUGUCAAUAUUGUAGUUAUUACUUAUCGAUUUUAAUCGGUAAGUAUGUUGAUAGGUAUUUGUCUGUCUGGCUGUCUGUUUGUCUGUUAGAUGCACGCGAUAUCUCACGAAAGCGAGAUUGAAUCUGCUC